UAAAGAUUCCUCUUUGGUCACUCACAAUCCACUGGGUCUUGCCGCGAAGGAUGCUAGUGAGAAUGUGCUUUGGAAGUGGACCACGUGAAAACUAAGGAAUAAAUAAAUUUAUAGUAUGUUUUCUCAUACUAUAAAUUGACAUGUUAUAUUUCCCGCUAAAGCCACAACUGAACCAAAGUACUUAGCUCUCUCAACUCCCAAGUCAAAGUCUCAACUCUCAACGACACAAAAUGGCCAUUGAUUCUCUGCAGGCUGCAACUCACGCAGCUGUGAAGUUGCAGAACAUGUAUAGGAGUUUUCGUGACCGGCGCAAGUUAGCCGACACCCUUAUAGCCGAGCUCUGGGGACACGCAAUAGACUUUGCUAUACUGAACAUCAGUACGACUUUCUUCUUCGAGUGCUUGAAAGAGAGGAGUUCCAAUACUCGCUGGACUCGGAUUGGCUUUAAUGCUUCUAUGGUAGGCAGAGGUUUCUCAGAGGAUGACGAAGCACAAAUAUUGGCUUUUCAGCAUUGGAUUGAAGCAAUUGAUCCACGGCAUCGUUAUGGGAGCUGCUUACGUUUUUACUUCAACCAGUGGUAUAGAUCAAAUGCUGGUCAGCCAUUUUUUUAUUGGUUGGAUCAUGGAGCUGGUAAAGAGAUUGACCUCACAGAAUGCCCAAGAAAAAAGCUUAAAAAACAAUGCGUUAAGUAUCUUGGACCGAUAGAGAGAAACCAAUACGAAUAUGUGGUUGCUGAGGGGAAAAUUGUUCACAAUCAAAGUAGACAUGAGCUUCAUACAAUUGAAGGGUCGGAAGGGCCCAAGACAAAGUGGAUAUUUGUUAUGAGUCCCUCAGGGAGACUCUAUAUCGGUAAGAAAGAGAAAGGAAAGUUCCAUCAUUCAAGCUUCUUGGCUGGAGGAGCUACAAUAGCUGCUGGAAGCCUAGAGGCAGAACAUGGAUUUGUUAAGCUCAUCUCUAGAUAUAGUGGACAUUACCAGCCCGGAGAUGACAGCCUUGAGCGCUUUUUAUCAUUUCUAAGAGAACAUGGGGUAAACCUUGUCGGAGUUCAGAUAGGAAAGGCGAAUGAAGAUUCUGAUUAAGGAAGAUUAUGGCCAUUAAUGGAAAUGGAAAUGCUGUUAAUGUUUUGACAAUGUCAAAAUUAAACUCCCUUACCUAAAACUGCUGCCCAAAUAAUAAUAAAAAUGUGCUUUAUAGCCAAAGAUCUUGCUCUACUUCUCCUCCUGAAUCAUCUUGAUCGUCCUGUUUAUUUGUUCCUGAUCGUACUAGUUAGGUUUUGCUUGUGUAUUGUGUACUGCGAAGAUAUCAAGUAAUUAUAAUAACAGGGUGACAAUG